GACUCCGAAUUUUUCGUGACCCACGUUGCUCUUGACACUCAAUGGAUCCAGUCAGGCGAAAGGAACUGGCCUCAGCCAACGAAGAAGCAUGGUCCAGAGGCAAAGCAGAUGCGUCAAAGUUCCGCAGUCUUGAUAGCAACAUUAAGAAAAACACUGCAUUCAUCAAAAAAUGCAAGACAUCACUGCAAGCUGACUAUCAGACUCAGUUGCUGAACGACAUUAACAAACUAAGUCUCGAGAAAUAUAUUUCAGAGAUCGUUGGUGCCGUCAUUGAGGGUAUGGCCAAAUGCAAGACCAGUUCAGACGUAACCUCAUGCGUUGAAGUCAUUUCAGCCCUUCAUCAACGAUUUCCCGAUAGUUUCACUUUGCUACUGACAUAUCAACUUGCAAAAGUACUGGCACCACCUACAAAACAACAAUUAGCAUCCCUCACUCCUGAACAGAGAGAGAAAGAGGAUACAAGUCGAGUUCUUCGGCAAAGAACAUACCUUCGUCUGGCAUCAGAGCUAUGGCUUGUCAAUGUUCUAAGGAACGUCAGUGAUGGUGUUGCCACUCCUGCAGCUGUCAACUUGGAAGGAAUGGAAACACAACGAGAUAAUGUUGCAGGAUUGGUGGGGUCUGGUUCAUCCAUCAAAGAGAAAGGGAAGGAUGCAAAAGAGGCGGAUCAAGAUGCGCAGUCGGGACAUGGUUUCGUCUACUCUAUCUUGCGCGAUCUAUUCGCCAACGACAAAACGCAACAUGCCAACUUGCUGCUCGCAGCGUCCUUCAUGAAGAACUAUGGAAGUGAAAUAGUCGGUAUUACCCCAAGAAAGCAACGAGCUGCAGCCGAUCAGGCUUCAAAUGAAUUGCCCGACGAUGUUAAAAACAUGCCUACGAGUGGCGAAGCGGCAGAUUCACAGGUCAACAAGGCCACGAGAGAAGCCUUUAAAACCUUGAUGAUGGAUUACCACAAAACUUUAGAAAAACAUGUGGUAAAGGAACACAAAUUCAUCAAGAGAAUGGACCAGCGCAACCAUGAAAUCCUCUUUUCCCGAGGUCAGCUGAAUGAAGAAACGAAGCAAAACUACGAAAAGCUGACCAAAGCCUAUGAAAAGCUUUUGAGUAACACUCAAACCAUGGCAGACGCUUUGGAUGUGGAAAUGCCUGAACUACCAGACGAUGACGGUACAACGAAAAUGUCAAUCAUCAGUGCAAAUGGCACAAACACAUUUUCCGAAGACAACAAGGAUACAGUGGAAAACGGCAUUUGGGAAGACGAGGAUGCUCGAAGUUUUUACGAAAAAUUAGCUGAUCUCAAAGUCCUUGUACCCGGUGUAUUGUUAGAAUCUGCCGCCAGAAAGGAUGCUGGAAAGGAUGGUAAAACAGCUGGUGAUGGUGCCACAGAUGCGGAUAACGAAACAGCCAAGUCUCCCGAUGCAUCAAGCGAACCUGCUGAGACGGAUGGCGAUAAGGAAAAUGAUUUGAUUUCAAAGAUGGAGCACUUGGAGAUCGAUGAGAACGACAUUGAUGAAGCCGGUGCAGAACCUGAGUCGGAAGUGGCUGAUGCGGAUCAAGAUACCGAGCUUGAUGUAGCAGCUGACGGUACAGUCGACUCCCUGAUGGACAAAGAAGAAGCAGACGAUGCAGCUAACGGUGGAACCGGAAUAAAGUCGACGCAAAUGGUGCAAUUAGAUGCACUUCUUGCCCGUCUGCCAACGUUGAACAACCGCGACAUGAUUGAUUCGGUUGCGGUCGAAUUUUGUUAUUUGAACUCCAAGUCGGCAAGAAAGCGUUUGAUAAAGACCUUACUGUCCGUGCCUCGCACCCGUGUAGAUCUCUUGCCUUAUUAUGCUCGACUGAUUGCUACUUUGAAUCCUUACUAUCCCGAUAUUGGGGACGCCAUAUUGGUAACCCUGGAGCACGAGUUCAAAGGCCUCUUCCGCAAAAAGUCUGCAGAUCUAUUGGAGACUCGUGUCAAGAACAUACGAUACCUAGCAGAACUGACCAAGUUCAGAAUCACACCAGCUCACACUAUCUUCCAUAUUUUCAAAGUUGCUUUGGACGACUUCACUAAUCAGAACAUCGAUAUUGUCUGCAAUUUGCUUGAGACAUGUGGUCGCUUCUUGCUAAAGUCUCCAGAAACCGGAGUCCGCAUGGGCAAUAUGCUUGAAAUUGUCAUGCGCAAGAAAAACAUUCAGCAUCUUGAUAAUCGGUAUAUCCUCAUGGUUGAAAACGCGUACUAUCAGGCCAACCCACCAGAUCGCUCAGCCAUCGUAAAGAAGGAGCGACCACCGCUGGAAAGAUACAUUCGAAAGUUGGUCUAUGGGGACUUGAAUAAGAAAACAUUGGAGAAGAUCCUCAAGCAGUUCCGAAAGUUGGAUUGGACUGAUCCGAAGAUUGUUCAUGUCAUGAACAAGUGCUUUCAAAAGAUUUGGAAAAUCAAGUAUAGCAAUAUCCACUUAAUUUCCAUUCUCGCCAGUGGAUUGAAUCGAUACCAUUCGGAUUUUGGCGUGCAGCUUGUGGACAGUGUCAUUGAGGAAAUCAGAGUUGGUUUAGAGAUGAACAUCUUCAAGCACAAUCAAAGGCGUAUCGCUACCGCUAAAUAUUUGGGAGAGCUGUAUAAUUAUCGUAUGAUAGAGUCUGCUCUUGUAUUCGAUACUUUAUAUACCAUUGUUACGCUUGGGCAUGAUCUAGGGCGUCCAUCUAGAGAACGCUUCUGUCCUAUAGAUGCUCCUGAUGACUUUUUCCGUGUCCGGUUAUGCUGCACAUUACUCGAUACCUGUGGCAUGUGUUUUGAUAGAGGAAGUGCCAAGAAGAAGCUGGAUUCAUUUUUGAUAUUCUUCCAGAUGUAUAUAUUGUCCAAGUCAAAACCACCUAUGGACGUGGAGUUUAUGGUGAUGGAUACGUUGGAACUGUUGCGACCGAAUCUCAAGCUUGCAACAAUCUAUGAAGAUGCAAAUGAAGCGGUGGAUCAAAUGUUGUUAGAACAGUUAAAGACUGUUCAAGGUGGUGAUGUCAAGCUUCAAGAGGAUGGUUUUGAAGAUAGUGGACCAGAAAGCUCGUCAAGCGAUGAAGGUGAUGAUGACGACGUGAUAGAAGACAAGGAAGAUGAAAUUGGAGAUAUGUCAGACGAAGAAUCUUUGGCUGGGCCAACUGUAGAUGAGGACGAAGAUGUUGUGAUGCUUAAAAAGCGGGAAGAGCAAGUAGAAGAAGACGAAGAGUUCGAGAAAGAGUUCAGUAGGAUGAUGAGCGAAAGCGUCGAAUCUCGUAAAUUCGAAAAGAAAACAGCCAUGCUUGACGUUCCCAUUCCAAUGCACCUUCGCGGAGGUCAAGAUCGACGAACCUUUGCUGCUUCCAACGAGCAAGCCGAUGGUAACAUGUCGUUUACGCUCUUGACCAAGAAAGGCAAUCGACAACAAGUUAAGCUUAUGGAAGUCCCGUCCGACUCUCUACUUGCCAUCAACACGCGUAGCAAACAAGAAGCUGAACGGGAAGAGCAGCAACAACUGAAGCAAAUUGUUCUCAACUAUGAAGAAAGGGAGGAAGCCAACGCCCGUACUGGUAAGCUAGAGUCACCCCUCAUUGCACCAUCGUUACAGGGCUAACUGACGUCCCUCUGCAGCUGCAGCCGAAGACCGUAAGCAACAGCGAUUUGCCCAACGUCCUCGCCGUAUCUUCCAUAUGGGAGGAGGCGGUGGCGAUGUAUAUAAUGCAGAAAGGUUAGUGGUUGGGAACCGCCUUUGAUUU